UUCAAUCUCCUGCCUCUGCCAAUGACAACACGCACUCAACAAAGAAUCAGAACAACUUCACAAAGAUCCCACAGCUGACGGCAUCAGAACACAAUGAUAUCCACAUAGGAAGAGUGAUCAACUGCUCUCAUUGUUCUCUGCAGCCAGCUAGCUAGUCGACCAUGAUGCGGGCCUGGCUUAUCCUAUUUGCGAGCGGACUGCUAGGGCUGCCCACCAUUACUGUGAGAGGCUUUUCUCCAUCACCCACGCUCCCCAUCAAGCUUCCCACGAUUCUACCCGUCAAUGGAGUUAUUGGCGGUAGCAUCAGGAUAUCUUCAUUUUUGGCUUCCAGCAGAGAUGACGAUGACGACGAUGAAGAAGAAGAAGACAAGGAAGAAAGCAUCAACCCCAACGAUUUAGAAACUCCCGACGAACGCCGAAAUCGAAUGGACAAUGUCCGAAAGAUCCAAAAAUCAUUUUAUCGGCAACUCCAAAACCAACAACAAGCAGAAGGCUCUAGUACCAACGACCGUACCACUACCACGGCCAUUAGCGAUUCCUGCAAUACCAUUCUGAAAAACGUCCCUCUGUGGAGAGUGCAGUGGACGGAAUUGCCAGGAUAUCAAAACCUAUUGAAUUGCCAUGUGGCCCAUUAUACCCACAUGUUUCACACCAUCUUGGCAGGACCCAAACCAUGGUACUUUGGACAUGUCUUUCUUCCAGGGGGCAGUGAAAAUUUGGACAAUCCAGACUAUCAGCUCUUGUCGUCGGAGGAAAGUAAUAAUAAAACAAAAGCAACCUACACUGGCGUCCUCAUGCAAGUGGCCGAUUCCCGACAACUCGAAGACGGUCGAUUGGUAUUGGUGGUACAGGCAUUGGAACGAUUCCAAGUCAUCGAAGCCACACAGCACACCCCGUACGCCGUGGCCACGGUGCAACUAUGCCCCGAUACCGAACUCGCCAUGACCUACUACGACAAGGCACAAUCCAUGGCACGCGAAUUAAGCGAUGACUUUUUGCACGAUCAAGAUGCCUGGGGAGCCGCUUGCGCGGCCGCAUUGGAAGCAGCCGAACAAUUGCGGCAAUUCGAAUAUCGACCCGUCUUGGUACAAUCGUCCACCAUGGGGGCAGUGGCGCCACUUGUCAAUUACGAUAUGGAUGUCGAUGUGGAAACGGUAUUUCCGUUGGAUAUGGACCGAGCGCAAGCCCAAAAGGAACGUGUCGGGACCGUCAUGGAAAAACACUUGUUCUCGGCGUCGCCCGUGGAUCUGCCCGAUAAUUUGAAACAACUCGAUCUGGAACAAGUCGGUCAGCUGGAACAUGAAGUUUGGUUGGGAGUCGAUGAGCUAGUCAAACUCUUGUAUCAAUUGAAUCCCAAUCCCACUUCCCCCAUUGUGACACCGGUCCCGACCCAAAUGCUGGGAUUAUUGCCUCGGGGAGAUUGUUGUAGUCAACAAUAUAUUCCCUGGCCGGGAGAUUUCAAGUUGGAUCAAUUCGCCAAUCGACUGGAAGAUUAUGCCGCUGCCAUGCCGCCAACAGUGGGAACCUAUUCCAAAUCGCCUUUUGUACGAUACGACUAUGCCGACAACCCCUUGAAACGAUAUCCCAUUCUUCGUCGGGCCCAACGUCUGAGUUUUGUCGUGUGGAUUCUCAUGGAGAAUAUUGGCCCUGUGGGGAACCAACCCGUCGUGAGUCGACAAGAUAUUCUCGAAAUGCACUCGAUUAGCGAACGGCUCGAGGCUGCUAGAGACAGGCUCAAGGCCAUCAAUGCGUCGUUACGACGAGUGGCGGACCAGCAAUAAGAAAGCGAGAACACCAAAAUGCUACAGAACAAAACAAACAUGAAACUGCCAUAGCUAGCUACGCUAACGGCAACGAUGAACUGUCUAUUCCCACCUUGUUUUCUAGCUAGUAGAGCCAGGAUGGGACGUUCGACACACACGUGGCGGGUGUUUCGAAUGUAUGCGGAGGUUUUGGGCAUCGAGAGCUCUGUUACACGAUGUGUAAGAGACAGACUUUUGAUUUCCUGUAGAAUCUCUAACUUUCGUAGCCAUGAACGCAAGCUGAAGUGUUGAUGCCAAGAAGACUAUGGCUCCAGCAAGUUUGGGCCAAGCUAGCUAGUAGUGCAGCAACCCAGAGCUGAAGGAUGCCAACUUGGUUGAUCCAGAUUGGAUGAUUGCUCACCGUGGGAUCACACGUCGUGGAUUGUGUCAAAUAAGCCGUUGGAACUGUCAAAUUUCACACUGACGUCAUUG